GUAGACGUUAACUGUUUCAUGCUCAUCCGUGUUCCAAAUUGUUCCUGUGUUCCUGCCCGGCCCUGGUAUCCAAUAUAAAUAAAAGCUUCAAUCAGUUUGAGUCAACUUUACUUCCACUCGGUGUCUAGCUCAGUCAGGCUUGUCAGGUCUUGACCCUGCCCGGUUCGUACCUCUAAGACCACGGCUGCAGCAUUUUCCGGAAUUGAACAUCAGACCGGCAGAUAGUGAUACAAUGGUUUCUUCAGUGAGGGCCGUGGUCUGUUUGUCUCUGUGGUUGACUGUGUGUCGGGUCAGCGCCUCGCACAUCCCGGUCAGGAUGAACAAAACCAUCCAAAACCUGCUGUUACACUAUAAAAUUUCCGCUAAAGAAAAAUUCAACGGCAAACCCGUCUUUUCCAGAGAACUGCUUGAGGGCAAGAUGGAGGAGAAGCAUAUUUUUAUUGGGGGCGUUUUGGAGACAUACGAGCAGCUGAUUGAUCAGAUGCUGCAGCAGUUGCCCGAGCAGGUCGCCCCGACAUCUACUGAAACAAAAGCUUCAGCCGAUGCCUCUGCCUCUGCCUCUGCCUCUGCCGACAACGUGAGGACAGAUCUGAACUUCAUUCUAACGAAAAUCCAACGCCUGAGGAGAGAUCGGUACCAGGAGCAGACUAAACUCCUGCAGGGACUGCAGAACCUGAAAAAGAUCAAUUUUAAGGACUUCGUCGUUCAAAGCAAGGCAUUGUGGGAGCUGCCGUGGCUCUAUGAGGAGGCAAGUUCUUUGCCCCACCAGAAGGAGAUGCAGAGAAAGCGACGGCGAAGACGGCGACAAACCAGACGGGGGCGAAACCCAGCUCGCAACAUGACACACAAUUAAGCAAGAGUUAUUUGGAAACAGCUAUUUUGAAAAUCGAUGGAAAAGGUGUUUGUUUGUGAAAUUUAAAAUAAGUGAAUACAUACAUUUGAUUACUUUUAUAAAGAGAACUAUUGAUUGAUUUUUACUGCACUCUAACAUUCAGGUCCAGCACUGAAGUAACUUUACUGCAGUAUGAAUACUGUAUGCAGCUGUUUAAAUGUGUACUUUUCAGAUGCAUUGAAUAUUUUCUAUAUUUAUUAUUUUUAAACUUAUUUAAAGUAUGUAUUUAAUUCUGCUUGACAUUGUUGAUGAAUUAUUUAUUAUGUAUUUAUAGAGUAAUACAAUGAGAGAAAAAAAUAAAUA